AUGAGGAUGCUCGCGCGGCUUGUCUUUGGACUCUUCGUCCUCAAAGCGGUGGUGGCCGGCCCCAGAUUUUCCCGACAAGCUGACUUGGACUCAUAUGAUAGCGCCAACUAUGAUGUGGAUCUAGAUAACUUAAAUUUGGAGAAUCAGGAUAUCUAUGACUACGAAGAAGGACUGACGAUUGAGGAUCCUCAGGUAAGAAACCGUUUUAAAACAUUAAAAAACUUCAGCUAACAUCGAGAGAGGCAGUUGCUUGAAGACUGGAAACCAACAACAGUUGCAUAAUCCUCUUUUCAAAGUAUGCUGUCUUUUUUUGUCUAAAAAAUCCCAAGAGUGUAAUAUUGGCUGGUUUUGAACCGAGGUCACCAGGUUCACAGUGCAGACAGGCCUUCCACUGAUACAAACUGCAGCCAUUUGGAAAGUACACAAAGAGUUCUUCAGCUUUAUGGACCGUCGAACGCCAAAAUAUUCAAACUUUUAUACCUCGGCAAGCUUCCCUCCAAGUUCCACCCUGUAGUGUCUCUACGGGCUGAAUUCUUCUGUUUCUGGAGAAGUUUUUAUGCAUGUAAUCGAGCAAUAUUUUUGUGCAAAUGAUGGAUGUAUUUUCACUGGGAAAAGUUGUUGAAGAAAUGACUUUUAUCAUGCACCACUUCAACACUGGUGAGAAAAAGAGGAUAACUCUUCAUAACUCUUCAUAAGUGUAACUUUCUGUCACGUUAAAUUUCUGAGAACCAAAUGAAGCACCUGGUUUAAGAGGAGUCAAGCCUCCUGAGAUUUCUUUCUUUUUGUUGUAUGACCCAAAUACUCUCAAGAACAAUAGCUUUUGAAGAUGAGAGGAGACCAGAGGCAGCAUCGGUCUAAAACCCAAUGAUGGAUUCCAGAAGUUCCUUUUGAAUCUGCUCGAGUUGAGUGUGAUGUGGCAAGCCCCCUGGGUACGCUGGGAUCCGAGCUUUAGCCACAUCUCAUGUUCCUUGUUUAGAUCGCUUUGUGACGAGGAAAUUGGGCCAAGGCAACGUCAAGAUGGCACGAGGCAAAAAGUCCACAUCAGAUUUCCAGCAGGUCGCUUCUGAGCCAGUGACUGAACCUAAACCUGAUGUGGACUGAACUGUUGUUAUCUAAAACGAAUCCCACAAUCAAAUGCAGAUUUAGGAGAUUGGUGUAGUGGGAGAAAGUGAAUUUCUUUAGUUAUUCACCGUGGCAGAAAAAGAGAACCACAGCUUUUUACCUAAGUUUAAACAACGUGAUUCUGGUGUGCAAAGCUUUACGGCUGAGUUGAACACAUGGCUUUGUUCACUGUGGGAAGAUUGUAAUGUGUUGCAGGGGAACGGCUUUGAUAAUGUCUUUCUGUUAACAAGCCUGGUUAUGACACAGCACAUUGCAUAAGAGUUUGUGGGAGCAGGAAGAGGAGAAACAGCACAAUAAGACCGAGUCGAAACUUUCUCAUCCUAAUAAAACACAAACGUUUGGCUCAUAAAUGCAUACUGUGUUGAGAAAUAGCCUUUGUUCUGUUGACAGCACACUCAAAGGUGACAGGCAGACCGGCUGCUCGGGAUUAAAUGGAGUUUAGUCACACAUGCAUCAGAUAUCAGGAGAGAAAUGAAGCAACGAUCAGCUCCAGUCCUCUGAAGUGCUGACUCUUCACUUUCCAUAUCCAUCUGUUUGAGUUUCUCCCCUUUCUCCACAGGGUUUGUUACUUUUGAAUGAAGCAAAGGCUUUUUGUCAUGUUAUUCGAGAAAACAUACCAGAGUGUGCUGCAUCAGAGAGUGUCUGCAAAUGCUUUAAUCCAAGAUUCAUUUAGGUAUCAUCUUAAAUUAGCAGAAACAUUCACUGCAUUCACAGGUGUUGACUUGGUGACCCUUUUGUUUGAAAUCAGAUAAAGACUACACUUCCCAUGAGCACAAUACCCAACGUUGUAGUGAUGUGUCUCUUGCCCAAGUGUGCAUGUGUUGUGGAAUCAGUCAGCUAAGCACUACAAAGUCGUCAUCCACACAAGUCGGCAUGAGAGGUACCAGUUGGUUAAAGGACUGGUUGAUAUUUGAAAGAUAGAGUACAUGAGUAAAUAUGGAGCUGCUGUGAUCAUGUGGAAAGAGACAAUGAUGAAAGCUGGCAUCUCAAUGCUUUCCGGCUAUAUUUUGGCCUACAAAUUCUAAAUGGAGUUGUAUUCUGGCUAGUUUAACUGGUAUCUGUUCAACCAGAAGCAAUGGGUCAGCAGCAUGGAUAUGAUUAGAAAACUGGUGGUGCUGGCUCUGCUAGUGUUCGCCAGUGUUCAAGCAAACCAGCUUGACACUGUUUACCUGCAGACUUUGGGAUCCUGUUUUAAUUAAAUUGUGUUCAAUCUGGAUUUUUCUCUGUUUUUCAACUUUUAGACCAGUUUCUAGGAAACUAGCAAACAAGUCCCUUGGAAAAUAAUCGGCAAACAGGCAUUUUUUCAGAACUUUUUUUCCUUGUUCAAGAUUGCUUUUUAAAGGCUGUAGAGUGAUAAGGCAACGUUUUUAUUCCAGAUGAUGGUUUUUGACUCUGAUUCAUCAAACUUCACACAUGAACCAUCGAGUAGAGCGCCAUAUUUCUCAGUGUUUGCUUAUAAUACCAGCUCUGAUGACUGAUUUUUAAGGUAAAUGGAACGCACUAUUACUACUGUUAUUUAAUUUACAAGAGGUGACCAGGUGCACAUGUUCAGCAUUACCUAUAAGAGCAUCAGUGUCAUGAAGUGUACUCUGGUGUCUCAGUUUAUGUUACAGAGCAGUGGAGCAUUAUUCGUAUGCCAGCAUAAACAUGUGAUCCUGUUAAUAGCUGUUUUCGUUCUUUUACGUUGGAAAGCUCUAGUUGUCCAAUUUUUCUUGACACUUAAUCAGAUGACACAUGCUUCUGCUCAUCCUGCUCCAAAACAUUACAUUAAAAGAAAUUUACCUAAAGAAAGAAAAACUACUCCUAUUUACUUACUUUUAUCUUACUGCCAAAGUUUACCAGCAAAGUUAUAGACAUAGCUACUUUCUCCCUCUCUGCAGCAUAUCGAGUUGAUCCUUAUUGUAGAAAAUGCAACACUAAAACUUAAAGUUAUCUUCAGAAAUCUUCUCACAGUUUCCUUCAAAAUUGUGGAAAAUUUUUUUUACACUAAUGUUGCAUGGAGUUAAAUGAAAAGAUUAAAAUCACUUUUAUAUAAGUGGGAUUUAUACAAAGCUACAUUAGACAGCUAGCUACGCUAAAUAUUAAGAUGUUGGAAGUUCUCAAAUGGACCAAGUCAUUUUAACUGUUUUUUUUUUUCCUUGAAUAUGUACAUAGUUUGUUGUCUGGAAAAGUCUGUCUUCAAAUGACUCAAAUUAGCUACAAGCAGAUCGUUAGCUUAGCCUCUUAAAAUAGAUGGAAAUAGCCAUGCAUGCUGUCAUGGAGUCUAAGCGUCACCACAGGGUUAUUUGGCCAUUAAAUCACACUUUUCAGAGACUAACCAACUCUUUGAAGCAGACUUUGGUGUAAUCACCUUUUUUAAAUAUAUCUCACCAAAGGAAUUUAGCUUAAACUUGACAUGUUUGGCAACUUCUCAAGGCUAAAGAGCUCUCUGUUUGCAUUAACUUCUGGCUCUGAUUUCCAAAUAAAAUAAAGAUGAUGUUUGUUUUUCAACAGUAUGUAUUCAAAUUGAAAUAUAAGGUGCCCUAAAGCUACUUAUUUCUUUUUAGUAAUCGUUAGCCUAACAUCACGUUCUUUUGUUGUUUGUUGUAACGGGUGCAGCUACAUAACCAUCAUAAAAAAAAUUACUGAUCAAGUUUCCAUAACUGAAACUGGUCAUGCUUUGCUGAAUGCAUCCACUUAUUUUUCCUGUAUGCUGCAGCUGCAACAUAACAUUCAGCUUGAUGCUGACGUUCAACAUCUCCCCCUGUGCAUUCAGUAUUCCCAUGCUGUUUCCAGAGCCUUUUUUCAGGAUUUUAGGUUGCCAGCCUUUCACCUCUUUUCUCCCUUGGGUGUAUAUGUUUGCUUAGGGGAAAGGGGAAAUGAAGGGGAGAGCUGCAGUGAGCUAACUCUGUGCAAGACUUUUCAAUGGCUUACCUUGUUGUAUCUCAAGCUGUGUCCCUGCCAAGCUUUAAAAUGUGACUUUCAGUGCUGGAUACCUCUUCAUCACUGCAUUUGAAGCCUUUGCAUAAGUUUUGUUCAAGUAUAUCUGUCUCUUAAAAGCAGCACUUUGUUUAUCUUAAUUGCUUGAACUGAUCUACCUUCGGUUGUAACUUACUGAUAUCUGAUCAUUGGGGCUGAAAGUGGCUAAAAAGACUCAAACGUAGAUUCUUGCAGCUACCAUGUGUGUCUUGGUUCCACAAGGACCAUUCCCAUCUUGCAGAGUUGAGUCUGCUGGGUUGGGUGUGAGAGUCAGGUAUUACCUGUGUGGGUGUGUGGGAGUUCACUGCCCUCCUCUGGUAGAAUGAUAGUACUGCAGGUUGGAUAAAGCACAAAAACAUAUGAAAGAGCAGCUAAAAUACCCUGUUUGAUUUAUUGAUAUGCAUAAGGAGAGACAUUUCCAUGGUUUUGCACACUUUAUCAAAAUGCUGCCUUGAUACCUUAAAUCAGACUUGCUAUUUAGCAAAUUCCUGAUUCUUGAUAAUUACUUUGAUUGGGGAAAUACUUAAAAAAAACUAAAAAUGACUGAUGCCAAAUAUACAGAUUGAAAACAAUGCUUUCUGCUCUUUCUGAAAUACAUUUAAGCACCUCUCUAUAUUGCAGUUUUUUACAAAGAGGAUCAAAACUUGGAGUCUAUUUUUUAUCCAUAUAAAGAGUGAAAAGAGAAACACUCCUAGUGUGGAAAGGUUUAGGCAUAUGAUCAUUUACAAGGUGUGCAUUUACCUCCAACAAAAGUGUCCUCUGUGCUCUGCUUCAAUCCUGGGUUUUUAACUAGCAUGUUGCUGCCAUCCUGUGGUUGAUGCCUGUAGAUGCUGGUGUUGUGAGAGUUCAUGCAUUAGGAAAAAAGUGCCCCCUUUAUUCACCUGUGGGACUGUGUGUUUUGCAGCAAAUAUCAGUUAAUCAUCAGUAUUAAAAUCUCAAUUUCUAUCACUCUCUGUUGAGCAACAUGUAACAACGGUGAAAUGAUGUGGGCAUCACGUAGAGCAUCAUGGGUAAUGUAUCUUAGGUGAUAUUUUGGAUAACCAAGCAAUAUUGCAAUAUGGAGAGGACAGGAAAGGACAGCUGUGAGGAAGUCCUGGUGCACCAAAGGCUGGAAGUGGCAGUACUCGGAUUAUUUUCAUUAAUAAAUGCAAGAAGAGCAUUUCAAGUCUGUAAAUAUGUCUGUUAAUCUGUAUUAGAAAUACUUGAUUGUGUUUUUAUGGGGGAUUUUUUGUGCCUUAUUUUCAUGUAUUCAUCAAAGACAUAUAUAAAGCUUUUCCACUUGCUCUCACUGAAUAUUCCUGGAAAGUAUUUUUUCGGAACUCAGUAACGGAGUUACUGUUAAGUUAAAGGAGGCUGACUUCCUUCUGAAUCCAAAGUGAGUCCUGUCUUACCAAUGAUUGCUAUGAUAACAAGUUUUUCAGUUAAGUUGAUCAAAAGCAGGGCAGGAGAUUGGGAAGUCCAAGCCCCCAAUGGGUUCUGGCUUCAUAAUGGUGCAGAUCCACCAGAUGCAGCUGCUUUAAGCAGUGUUGCCACUUUGGCCACUUCACUUGUAAUCUUUAUUUUAAUCCUCUUCUCAAUGAAAUUGACACUUCAGAAAGUUUGUUAUGGAAAUGGGAAUGGAAAUUAGGUAACAGAUAUUGCAUUGUGAAUGGGAUGGACUAGAAUCCAAGGCAAAACAGGGGCAUUUGGUCUGGUUUGUCAAGGGGUUUUGAUUAAUCAGAAUCAAGACUUAAACAUAGCCUGAUGAUUCUCCAGAGACCCAGGUGCCAGAAUGUGUAAUCUGAAUAUGUACCUGGCCGGGAGCUCCUGAUGUCUAUGGCUGUGACCAUAGACACCGCCAUAGACAUCAGGACAUCAAUGUCUAUGGCAGCGGCCGGCCAGCCUCAUCCUCCUAGAUGCUACCUUCUUGCUGAGCCUCGGCAGCUGCCCUUUCAGGACCUUGUUGGUAAUGUGGAUGUUCUGGUCCACAUUCAGAGCAGCUCGUAGUAUUCUGGUGUAGCACCCAUCCAGGGACUUCUGUGGGAUGGGUGUCAGGGUGCUAGUGGGUGGGUGUCACGUGUCCAGUGCUUGAAUUCGUCAUCUUUUCAGAUUUCUUUUCAUGGGUUUUGAUUUUUGAUGGCUAUUCCAACAUGGUGGCUAAUCUGAUACUAGACUUUUUGCCUGCCUUAAAUCCAUAAAAUAAUCACUUCUCUGUUGUUCUGUUCAAGUCCACAGGUAAAUGGGUUGGCACUGAUUGGAGGUUGACAAAAAAAAGAAAACAAGUCUGAUCAGUUGUUUCCCCAAAACUUAAUCUAAAGUCGACUUGUAAUCCAUUUUUCGACUCACUGCCGCUGUCUUUUCCUCAGAUAGAGAUUGGAACACUGGCCCCACCCGAUUAUAACUACCAAGUGCCAGAGGCCUCAAUGGAAGAACAAGAACCGGAGGAGGAGGAGGAAGAGGAGCAGGAGGAGGUGGAGGAGGAGGAGCAGGAGGAAGAGAUGCCCUUAAAACCCCAGCUUGUUCCUCAGGGUUCAGGGGGAUCUGGGGUUCUUAUGGGCCCAGACACGCAGAAAGGUCUGAAAAAGCACUUGCCUUUAGAUCUUAACCUGAAAAAAUGAAGGUGGGGCUUGGCUUGUCCUUUGGUCAGUGGAGUUUGAGAAAGCAGAACAUUUCAAACAAGGAUAGACUACUCAGUUCAUUUCUGGGGAUCCUCUUUUCCAUGUGCAUGUCUUCCAUUUAACUCGCUGUUCAUGGUUAAAUGUGUUCUUGUCAGUGAUUUUGUGUCCAUUUGUCAUCACUUAACCCAAUCAUCACUGUGAGCUUGUCUUCUCUCUCUCACCUGUCUGUUUAUUAAUACCUAAUCUUGUCUCUAACAAGAGGUGGAGCUGCGUCUGACGCCUAUUGACAUUCUCCAUGUCUCCGGUGACUUCGGGGGCUCUGUGGGAUCUGGAACCUUUGGAACUUCCGGGGUCUCUGGGUCUGAAACUUCAGGAGACCCACUGGUCUCUGGGACCUCUGGUGAUAUUAUGCUAAUCUCAGGGGCCUCAGAAGAGCUCCUCAGCUCAGGGGGAUCAGGUGAUCAGUUCUUGAUAGGUGGGGAAAUCUUGAUAUCAGGGGAUGCCAUGGGAUCAGGGUCAGCCUCUGGGGACCUUGGUUCUGGAGGUAUUCCUAUUGAAUUCCCCCUGGGCUCUGGAGGGUCCGGAGACCAGUCUGGUUCUGGGUUUUCUGGAGAUGUCUCGGGGGCCUCUGGAAUCUCUGGGGUUUCUGGGUCUGGUGAGUCCGGGGACUCAGGGAUAACUUUUGUAUCAGGAGGUCAGUACUUUUAAAGAAUACUUACUCUUGAUCAGACAGGGGAACUCUUGUCUUAGACCUGAGUGCACGUAACCUGCUGAGCUCUAUGUGAUUUAUGUUGAUUACAGGAGACCUAUUGUACUUACUAUACCUGUAGUUACAUCAGUCUGGGAAACCUGUGGAGUAACUGCAUGUGGGAGUUACUUUUAACACCACCAAAACUUUACCUAAAUACACAGCCAGUACCAAAAUCAUUUAAGGCUAGUCCCAUCCAAUUAGUUCCCCAUUAGUACCUCUUACUAAUGCUGUGUUCGAGUUACCUUGGAAGUCAGAUAUUAGAGCUGUAAAUGACGUCACACCCGAGUUACAAGCGUUUCAGUUACCAAGUCAGAAAAAAGCAAAAUCGGAGGCGGUAACAAGAUGGCUACAGCUACAAAAGUUAUUUUAGCGCUUGCCUUGUCCUUGUUAUAUUCGGACAAGGCAAGCGCCAUCUUGUUACCGCCUCCGAUUUUGCUUUUUUCUGACUUGGUAACUGAAACGCUGGUAAAUCGGGUUUGACGUCAUUUCAGCUCCGACAUUUGACUUCCAAGGUAACUCGAACGCAGCAUUAUUGUUACAUUAACUAUAGUGAUGUUACUUACUACUUGUGGUCCUGAGCCUGUGUCAUAAUUUCUCAUGUUUUGAAACUGAGCUGAGCAAUAUGGACAUCCAAAAUGUUGACUUAGUGUAUGUAUAAUGGGUCUCCUUUAAGUGUUUUAAAUUCCAUUUAACUGUGUUAAAUGUUGACUCUUCUGCUUGUUAUCUUGUUCAUCGUACUGUGUUGGUGUCACUAUAAUCAUGCCUCUAACCUCAUGUGAAAAUGAAAAUGUGUACGUGACUGGUCGACUAAUGGGUUGAUUGGUUGUCCAUCUCACCCCCUCAUCCAUCUUAAUCUCAUGCUUCCUAACCCCGACCCUUGGCUCUAACAAGAGGAGGAGCUGCCCCUUAUUCCUGGCACUAUACCCAGCGAGGCAUCCGGGGCUUCCGGGGAUUUCUCGGGAGCUUCGGGAACCUCAGGGGCCUCUGGGGAUUUCUCUGGAGACUCAGGGGUUUCUGGGACUUCUGGUGUCUCUGGCUCUGGAGAAGUCCCUGGGGUAAUUCUGGUCCCUGACAUUGAUAAAGGUCAGUAUCUAAUUUAGAGUUGAGAAAGGUAGAUCAUGGGUGAGGUAAAAACUUAAGUGGAUGCCUCACAAGUCGAGUAAAACAAAACAGAGGAAGACUUUGGAUAAGGUGUCAGUGCUGAUGCUUGGCCAGGAACCCAGUGAGUCUCACUCACCAUAAAUGUUAAAUGCCUUGAACUUUGCAAGGUUUAUUGAGGGAAAAUAGCCCCAACACUGAGACCUAAUCCAUGCAAUAAACAUAAUAGCACUAUUUAAGCAAUAACAUGAAGAAUUAUUUCCCAACUGUUUGUGUAUACAGAGUCAAAACUAUUAUCUUUAAAAGUGUUUUUUAUUCUUCACCAACCACUUAGCGCAUCAUGUUUCAUAUUGUUAACCUCUAAAAAUGCAUUUUUUAACUGCUGUUCAUCAUUAAUUGUUCCUUCACCUGGUUAACACAGCUAAUACAUUGUCUGUGACUUACCGCAGAGGCAAACAGUGGGCUACUGUUUGCCAGACUUCCUGUUCCAUGUCUUUGUCGAUCUAACCUGUUCCUUUAACACCUAAUCUUGUCUCUAACAAGAGGAGGGGCUGCUCCCGACCACACCAGAAACCCCUCAGGAGGGUGCUGGUGGUGUAGAAGGGUCAGUAGGCUCUGGAUUGCCAGAGCCAGGGGAACCUGAGGAGCCUGAGGAACCUAAGAUUGACAGGACAGGUCAGUAGCUGUAGUGAGAUACACAGUUGUAGAGUCUCGAUCAUUGAUCCGUGCCCUGUCUGUCUUUGAUUGUGAGGAUGCGUUGGUCGUGGCUACUGACAGAAAAUUAGCAGAAAGAUUCCUCUCCUUUCCCUCUUUGAAAGUUUUUGGUGUCUUUCCCGGAGUACUACACUGAUUCCAUUGUAGCAAAGUUACCACAUUUAUGUAACGCUGUAACCGUUUGGUGCUGAUGGUGGAGUAAGCCAUGUGCAGAGCUAUCAUCCACAUGGUUAAAGAUUUAAUGUACGUAAUUAUCCACUCUCUACAUUUCUUAUCUCUCAAAAGGUAGCCAAUCCAAUUAAACACAUCUAUGUUUACUGUUGAAGUAAACCUUUUUAGUUUGGUCAGAAGAUUUUUGUGCUGCAGAUCUUAAUUAACCCUCAUUUAACUUGUACAAGCCCUUUAGUUCCUUUUUAUACAAGAUGAGGAGCUUUUAGUGCACAAGAAACCACAUACCAACAUCUAACAAGAGGGAGCAGAGGGACAAUUAGAGCAAGCCAUGAUACAUCUAGGUCCAAUUGCAACAUUGUUCCCCCCUCUUUUACUUGACUAUGAUUUGUACCCGUAACUUCAGGUAUGCCCACUUGCUUGCUGUGCACGUGCCUUGGCGGUUCAGUCUACUGUGACGACUUGAAGCUGGACAGUGUUCCACCUCUUCCCAAAGACACCACUCACUUCUACGCCCGCUACAACAGAAUCACCAAGAUCAACAAGUCCGACUUCGCCUCCAUGAGUAUGUCCCCCGUUUAUAUGAAAAACAAGAAUAACAGCUUACUCAGGAACCAGUGUUUCAAGGAUGGUUUCUUUCACUUCCUUCAGACAAGCUGAAGAGGAUCGACUUAACUGCCAACGAGAUAAAGACCAUUGACGACAAAGCGUUUAUAGGUCUACCUGAGCUGGAGGAGCUGGUGAUCCGAGAAAAUCAUAUCUCCCAGCUGCCAGCUCUCCCAGAGACCAUGAGCCUGAUUGAUGCCAGCCAGAACAACAUUGGUACCAAGGGUAUCCACAAAGAGGCCUUCAAAGUAAGUUAUUUCACCAUCUUUUGAAUUACCGUCACACCAAUAAAGGCUGAUGCUUCAUUGGUAUCAACUUUCUGCAAGUUAAUUCUGUUAUUUGUUGUAUUUGUGAAAUAAAAUAGCCUGAUGCAAUACUUUUUCUCUUUGUCUCUAGGAUAUGACCAACCUGCUGUACCUGUACCUAACAGACAACAACAUCGACUACAUCCCUGUGCCUCUACCAGAUAGCCUGCGAUCUCUACAUCUACAGGUACAUCUAUUAUUCUUCCAAAUUAAAGUUGUUGAAGAAUAAUGGACUUUCCUUCCCUUUUUUGUUAGUAAUAAGCUUCUCUCAGGUCUGUAUAAGGAAGGUGAAGUUAUACAAUUCCGAUUCCUCAGUGCCCAUACAGGUGGACGUACUUAGUCUGAUAGAAAGUGGCGAAGCUGUAAUAAAAAUAAAUGUACUAUGCAGUGAUAUGUAAUAACAGCUGGUGGGUGUCACUUUUUACACAGCUUUGUAAUCAUGAAAUGACCUGGAAGUCGUUUCUAUACAGAAACAUCUUAAGCUAGUCUUCAAAGCCGAUGCUAGCACCUCAUUAUACAAAACCAACUGUGACAUUAGCUGCCACGACUUUCCUUCACAACCAAAAGAACACAAAUUAGCAAAUUUAUGAAAACAUACUGAAUCGACAAAGUGAUGAAUGGAGGAAAAAGUGGACUUUCCAGCCAUAGGUAAAAUUGAGUUUAGUAAAGCUCUUGGAAUGAGCUGUCAAGAGGAGUCAGUCGAGACAAGUGUCUCUGUUAUUAUUUCACUAUUAAAUAGCACCAAUUAUCUGAAUGUGGAUUAAUCUAUGAAGUUCUUGACCUCAGUGACAUCAAAGCUAGUCACACAUACAGACAUGCUAAGCAAAGCAGAAAUCUAAACUGUAUUUCACCUUAAUAGCACUAUGUUGUUCAUCGUGUCAUUAGCUUCAAGCUAACUUCACAUGACUUUGACAUUAAUCCACAGUACCAAAAAGAAAUAAAUGCAGCACAGCUCACUGCUAUUCAUGUUAUAUCAAGAGGUUGAGCUCAUUGCAAACAUUUGCAUGGCUUUUUAAAAUCAAAAGUAUGGUUCCACUUUUAAAUCUGUUUUUCAACAAUUAACAAAUGUGAGUCACCCCUCCAGGUCAAAAUUCCUAAAUUUCUGGGUAAAUCCAUGGAAAUAACAUCCUCCAUUAAAGACAUACAAACUAAAGCAGUAGCAGUUGAAGCUAGCAUCCGCACCAAAACAUUGGCGAGCGCUACAGUUACCAACAGUUCUGUAUGAAUGUCCUCACACUCCCUCCUUACAUCUUAACAGCAGGUUUGUCACACUAUUUUUGUUUUAUUGCAGCGUAAUAAUAUUCAGAUGAUGCAUGAGGACACAUUCUGCAACCUGAAAGAUUUCAACUACAUCAGAAACGCACUAGAGGACAUCCGUCUGGACGGCAACCCCAUCAACCUCAGCAGGACCCCGCAGGCUUACGUCUGCCUGCCCCGCAUACCCAUCGGGGCUCUGGUCUAA